AUCUUCACCUUGAAAAUUAAUGCUUCACGAAGUUUGAUUUUUGAAAUUCUGAGGGUGUGGAAUGGGUAAGGAUGGAGCAGGAAGACGUGUUCUUCUCCAAAAGCGAGUACAUUGAGACGGCGUCUGGCAAUAAAGUCAGUCGCAAAUCUGUCCUAUGUGGAAGCCAGAACAUCGUUUUGAAUGGAAAGACCAUAAUCAAAGCUGACUGCAUUAUUCGUGGCGACUUGGCCAACAUUCGCAUCGGUCGCCUGUGUGUCAUCGGUGGUGGAUCAGUCAUCCGGCCGCCCUUCAAGAAGUUCAGCAAAGGCGUGGCCUUCUUCCCGCUACACAUUGGAGAUCAUGUGUUUAUCGAGGAGGACAGCGUGGUGGCAGCAGCGAAAAUCGGCUCCUUCGUUCACAUCGGCAAGAAGUGUGUUAUUGGCCGUCGUUCAGUGCUGAAGGACUGCUGUAAGAUCCUGGACGGUACAGUCCUUGCACCGGAGACCGUUGUUCCUCCCUUCACCAUAUUUGGUGGCUCACCAGGUCGCUGUGUGGGCGAGCUACCUGAAUGCACUCAGGAGGUGAUGACCGACACGACCCGCUCCUACUACCAGCACUUCAUUCCAACCCCGGCCAAGCCGAAAAAGUGAGCUCCUUCCGUGUUGCUCAUUGUGUUACUAUUACGUGUACAUUGUACACACUGCUCACUGGUCUAUACGACUGCCCAUGAAAUUCACACGCAAGUCAACCUGAACAAAAAUCUAACCUUGCACGAAACUUUAUCUCCACAUGACUUGCUAGCUCCUGUUCUUUUUUUACGCUCUCCACUUUCCAUGGUGUAUAGUGCAUGGGAAUGUCAUCAGCGUAGUAUCUUCUUGUAAAGUUUCAAACUUCAUCAGCAUACCGGUAUCCAACGUUUUAAAGUGCCCACGCACUGACUCUGUACAUAGCACCAUGCAUAUUGCCAACUUAUGACCAUGCGUGCUCCACUGUCAUAGUAUUUUCUAGAAUUUUCGUCUGCUUCUCUGGGUGACGAAUUGCACUCGGUGCGUCCUUUC